AUGGAAUCAUUAGCUCGUGCUUCGUUGUCGGUUUGUCCAUUCGUCAAAUCGACUCCAGUGACCGCCUUACGUCAAAUCUCUUCUCAAUCAGGUUUGGCAACUCAAGCUAGACAAUGUCCCUUUAUGAAUGCUGCUUUAAAGGCCAAGGAGUCAACCAGAACUUAUUCAUCUGCUACUAAGCCGGUUAGAGCAGCAGCUGCAACUCCUUCAGGCUCCAAGGCUGCUAGUCCUUCAUCAGCUUAUUCCUUCAAGUCCAGUGAUCUUAUUAACUCUUCAGUUAACAUUGGAUCAAAGGAAUCAACUUUUGAUUAUUCAGGUUUUAUUUCUGAUCUGUUGGCCCAAAAGAGAACUGAUAAAUCUUAUCGUUUUUUUAACAAUAUCAAUAGAUUGGCUGAUGAAUUCCCUCUUGCUCACAGAGGUGAAGAGACUGACAAGGUUACUGUAUGGUGUUCCAACGAUUAUUUGGGUAUGGGCCGUAAUACCCGUGUCAUCAAUGAAAUGAAGAGAGUUUUGGACAAGUACGGAUCUGGUGCUGGUGGUACUAGAAACAUUGCUGGUCACAAUCGUCACGCCAUCAGAUUGGAGUCUGAAUUAGCUGCUUUGCAUAAACAUGAAGCGGCUUUGGUAUUCUCCUCUUGUUUUGUCGCCAACGAUGCUGUUUUAUCGUUAUUGGGUCAAAAAAUGAAGGACUUGGUUAUUUUUUCUGAUGAAUUGAAUCAUGCCUCAAUGAUUCAAGGUAUUCGUAAUUCUAGAGCUCGUAAGGAAAUCUUCAAGCACAACAAUUUGGAAGAUUUGGAAAUGAAGUUGGCUUCAUAUCCAAAAUCUACACCAAAGUUGAUUGCUUUUGAAUCAGUGUACUCCAUGUGUGGAUCUAUUGCUCCAAUUGAAGCCAUUUGUGAUUUGGCUGACAAAUACGGCGCAUUGACAUUCUUAGAUGAAGUUCAUGCUGUUGGUAUGUAUGGUCCACAUGGUGCCGGUGUUGCUGAACAUUUAGACUUUGAAGAACAUUUGGCUGCUGGUAUUAACAGAAUUAGGCCAGAUUCUGUUAUGAACAGAAUUGAUAUGGUCACUGGUACUUUGGGUAAGGCUUAUGGUGCUGUUGGUGGUUAUGUUACCGGUAAGAGAGAUUUAAUUGAUUGGUUUAGAUCUUUUGCCCCAGGUUUUAUCUUUACCACUACUUUGCCUCCUAUGGUUAUGGGUGGUGCAGCUGAAUCUAUCAGAUACCAAAGAGCUACUUUGGCUGAUCGUAUUGCUCAACAGAAAAACACUCGCUAUGUUAAGACAAAUAUGAACUCAUUGGGUCUUCCUGUGAUUCCCAAUCCUUCGCACAUUGUCCCAGUUCUUGUUGGGAAUGCAGCUGAUGCUAAGAAGGCUAGUGAUUUGCUUUUGGAGAAGCACAAUAUUUAUGUUCAAGCCAUCAACUUCCCAACAGUUCCAAUUGGGGAGGAAAGAUUGAGAAUCACUCCAACUCCUGGUCAUGGUGCUGAGAUCUCUAACCGUUUGAUCGAUGCUGUUGACUCAGUUUUCACUGAGUUGAGUUUGAAGAGAAUUAACGACUGGGAAAAGGUCGGUGGUUUAUGUGGAGUUGGAGCCAAGGAUGCAACUGUUAUUGACCAUAUUUGGACCGAUAAGCAAUUAUCAUUGUUGGACUCAGAUUUGAACCCUAACGUGUUUGAGCCUCUUAUUCAACCACUUGAAGUUUCUUCUGGUGUUGCUGUUUAA